AUGAAUGCACUCUUCGGUGCAAUCCCUGAAAGCUUAUCUGAUUUGUAUUCAUUGAACUUCCUGAAUUUGUCACACAAUAAACUUUCAGGGCCAAUACCAUCAGGAAAUCAACUUCAGACCUUGACCGAUCCAUCCAUCUAUGAAGGAAAUAGUGGACUUUGUGGCAAACCGCUCCCAAACAACUGCUCGGAACACAAAUUGCUUGCCAAAAAUGGGCCUAUUGAUGAUGAUGAAGGCCACAGCGAGUCUGAUUGGUCUUGGUUUUAUGCUGGAAUCAUGGUUCAAAGUCGCGGUCGCGGUCGCGGUCGCGGCUUGGAACGUUCCACAUCGGUCUCGACAUAUCGGUCACGGUCUCGGUGA